UCGAAAGCAACAUGCUGGCGCUUCUCGCCUUCGUGAGCGCGAUCGGCGCCUCUGCCUACGUGCCCGGCCUUGGCCCCGUUGGCCUCUCGGCGCUGGUAUUCUACGGGCUGCGCAUAUGCGUGGUGCCGUAUGCGUCACAUGCCUGCGUGGCCGCGUUCCGCAGCGACGCACCCAUGGACCGCCUCUUGUGGCUCAACACGUCGGUCUCGCUUCUGCAUUCGAUUCUCUCGUCUUGCGUGAGCCUCGCCGUGCUGAGCUACCACGGGCGCGUCUUCUUUGACGCCGACUGGGUCCUCGCCAGCCCCGACGGCGCGAUCCUGCCGCUCGCCAUCUCGACGGGCUACUUCCUCUACGACUUUUACGACCUUAUCGCGUACAAGUUGUGGCUCAAGGCACCCGGGAUUCUCGCCCACCACAUCAUGGUCGGCGCAUGCUACGCGUCGGCGAUCGUCUAUGGCGUUGGCCAGUGCUACUUGGUCGUGAUGCUUCUCCUGGAGCUGAACUCGGUCUUUCUUCAUGCGCGGAAGCUCCUCUCGAUGGCGGGCUACAACAUGACGCAUGCGAUCUACGCCAUCGCGUGGCAAGGCGUCUGGGUGACCUUUGUCGCGACGCGCGGUGUCCUCCCGAUCGCGGUGCACGUUGCUGUCUUUGCCGACCGCGCCCGGUUCCCGCAUCUCGUGCAGUACGCCAUGGCGUUCGGUGGCAUGGCGAUCCUGCAUGUGCUCAACGUGCUCGUGUGCCAAGGGUGCUGGAAAGCGUACCGCAAGGACGUCGCCGCCAAGUCCAAGUAACUAUUUCUCGUGCAGCUCUCAGAUUACCGGUCUACACUAUAAGCACAAUAAGCACAAUAAACACAAUAAGCACAAUAAGCACAAUAAGCACAAU